UGGCUGCGCUAAUGAAUGAUUUAUUGUGAAAAAAAAAAAACUGACCGGAAGUGGCGAGUGGCGGUAAAAUCAAUUAACUCUGUGAUAAUGGCGGCGGGAAGAGGGGAGUUUUUUCGGAGUUUCUUAGUGGGUUUGGAGAGGCAGCCCGCCCAGCUGGCUCCAGGGAGACAACCGGCGGUUCGGGGCAGAGGAAAGCCGGUUCCGGGAGGAGGACAGGCGGAUUCGGACAGAGGGCGGACGGCCGGCAGAAGGAGGAAGAGACGGCCGAACACAGAGGCACCGAGCCCGGUCAGCGGGAGUGCUCACAGCUGCCCAGGACCGAGAACAGAGACAAAGAAAACAGUCAAAACUCCUCCGUUAAAGGAAAACUUGGUGGAAAGGCUACCGUCUGAGAUUCUGAUUAAGAUCCUGUCCUACCUGGACGUCUCCUCGCUGUUCUGCAUCAGCCAUGUCAACAAACUGUUCCACCAGCUUGCCGAUGAUGAUGUCAUGUGGCAUAAGAUUUACAUGUCAGAGUUUGGGAGUCAGAUGUGGAAGCCGAGGGCGGCGGAUGGCGGUGCGAUGAAGGAGGGCCCGGUGGAGGUGGAGGUGGGGGAUCGGUCGGUGGGCCACUGGAAGAAGAUGUACUUCAGGACCGCGGCUGGACAAGAGAUGAACAAGUGGAGGAGAGAGCUGAGAGACAUCAGCCCAUACACCGGCUUACCCAGGCAGACGGAGUGGGUCCUCAGGAACCUGAACGUGAGCUGGGAGCUGACGGUGUGCGACCGCUUAGGACAGGAGAGCACGCUGGAGCAGAGCCGAGCGUACUUCUUCGAGUCCUCGGUGAUCGUCCGCUGGAGCGGAGGCAACUUCCCCAACUACCACCACAUCAGCAGCAUCCAGCUGCACGGAGUCAGGAAGGAGACGCUGAAGAGCCCCACGGUCAGGAAGCCUGAAUGGCGCUCUCUGAUUUUAAAGCUGGACAUGAAGACUCAGAGCAGUCGCUUCAUCGGCAAAGACAGACUCAUCAAACUGCUGAGUCUGUCGCCAGGUGUCAUCAUCGGCGUCUGGAGGGGUCAGAGCAUUGUUGCCUUCAUCAUGGUGAGCCUGCACUUCCACAAGCUGGUGGAGAAGAGUCUGCUGGGAUCUCCAGUCUGCCCGUACUCUGAACCCGUUGACCGACCACCUGUGUAUAACUUGGACCCCGAGUUUGGUCUCCAUGACUACACCCUGCACUUUGUCCUGCACAACACCGGCACUGAGAUCAUGUCGGGACACUUCCGCCAGAUCUCCUGUCGCGCAGUUCAGAUCCAGCGUGGCCUGGUGGAGUUGAAGGUCAUCGACAGGACCAACCUGUCGCAGCACAGGUCGCUGUCGGGAAACGUGAAGCUGCCCUGGAAGAGCGAGGCGCUGGAGGGCUCAGUGGAGAACUGCUGCAUCAUGACGGUGACUCUACUGGAUGAGUUCCAGAAACCCUUCUGGUGCGUCAGUUCGCCCAUUUGCAUCACGAUGGUGAAGACGUCGCUGUCCUUCGACUACAGCGGUGAGCACUUUCUGAUGACGUACCAGAACACGGACGGUCAGGUGAAGAUGAAGCUGGUCUGGUUGAAGGAGCAGAAGCAGUUCUUCCUCAUCAGCCUCACCGUCUACGUUUCUAUUUUCAAGGUCAACCAGCAUUUCAGCACAAACUACUGAAGCUGAACUGGACCGCUCAAAGUUCUGCUUUAUGAUCUCUAAAGUUCUGAUGAAGUGACUUUGAGUUUUGUCAGGGUUUAAUCAGAUAUUAGUUUAUUUUACAAAAGUCUCAUUCUGUAUAAAUGUAAGAAAAUAAAAUAUGAGUUCUAAGAGUUUAAACUUUAAGUAGAAAAAUAAAAACAAAUUUGAUUUUAGAGGUAAAUUUCUUAUCAGCUUUAUGUUUUAGCACAUGGAGAAUGUCACUGUUUCUCUUGAAUAAAGAUAAAAUGGUACAAAAUAAACUUAACAUAUGUAAAAGAGUUUACACCCCGAAACAAAGUAUAAAUAUUAAGUUAUAAUUAAUUUUGAAUUUGAGCAUUUACUGAUUGUGUUAAUUUCAAUCAGUUAUUUUAGUUUCAAUCCAACCACAUGGAAGACUUUCAGUGAGAACUUGAACAUUUCUUUUAUCUACAAUUCUGAGAAAAUAAAUCUUUUUGUUUCCA